AUGUCUGGACGUGGUAAAGGAGGAAAGGGUCUCGGAAAAGGUGGUGCUAAGCGCCAUCGUAAAGUUCUCCGGGAUAAUAUCCAGGGCAUCACUAAGCCUGCCAUUCGUCGUCUGGCCCGCCGUGGUGGUGUUAAGCGGAUCUCUGGGCUUAUCUAUGAGGAGACUCGCGGCGUGCUGAAGGUGUUCCUGGAGAACGUGAUCCGGGACGCCGUCACCUACACCGAGCACGCCAAACGCAAGACUGUCACCGCCAUGGACGUGGUCUACGCGCUCAAGCGCCAGGGCCGCACCCUUUAUGGAUUCGGCGGCUAA